AUGCCCGCCUCGGCAGCCUAUCUCACCAAAUACCUCACCGCGUCAAGUACCAAGUCCUCACCAAAUGUCGACUUCGAAGACUCUUUUCGACCCAAGAAACGGCGCAAGAAAGACAAACACCAUGCCACCAGCACCACAGAACCAAGCACACUACUCAUCGCAGACGACGACGCCGACCUCCUACUCUCGAACCAGAAAUCUUGCGCACAAGAUGACGACGAUGACGGACCAACCAUGUUCGACAACGGUGUGAGAAGCGCAGAGUUCAGAAAAAAGAAAAGCAGUGCAUGGAAGACAGUGCAGGACCGAGACGUCGAUGUACCGCUCGAAAGCGCAGAUGCCGAAGCAGACAGGAUCCUCGCUGUCGCUGUACAAGAAAGCGAUUCGCGACGUAUAGCAGAACAGGACGAUGAAGCACCCGCAGUGGUAGAGAAUGCCACGAUUUCACCAGAUUCUACAACGACAACAACCUCAGGCCCAAAAAUGUCGUCAGGCGCCAAAGCCGGACUACAAACCGCAGCAGAUACAGCCGUCAUUCUCGCAGCCGAACAAGCUCGUGAAGCGGACGAAGCACGCGCUCUCAAGAAGCAAAAGAAAAGGGCCGGCAACCAGAAAGAUGGGCAGAGCGAGCAACCAGCAGCAGCACUGGCACCAGAAGACGAAACAAUCUACAGAGACGCAACCGGUCGCCGCAUCGACAUCUCCCUCGCCAGACAGCAAGCUCGCGCCGCAGAAGUUGCGAAACUGCAAGCUGAGAAGAAAGAGCGUGAGGCAGCCAUGGGAGAUGUCCAAUUACGGCAGCGCGAGCAGGCGAAGCAGGAUCUUGAUGAGGCGAAGUUCUUGACGUUGGGACGAAGCGCGGAUGAUGAGGAGUUGAAUGAGCGGCAGAAGGAGGAGGUAAGGUGGGAUGAUCCUAUGGCGCAGUAUAUUGCGGAACGGAAGGCAGAGAAGGAUGCGGAGGAGGAGGCGAGGAAUCCGAGGGCUAAAAGGAGGGGGAGGGGAGAUUUGGAGGGAAUGGAAGUGGUGAAGGUGAGGAAGAGAGAGUAUCAGGGUCCUGCGCCGCCGAAUAGGUAUGGAAUUAAGCCGGGAUGGAGGUGGGAUGGAGUGGAUAGGGGGUGUGGCUUUGAGAAGGAGUGGUUUCAGGCCAGGGGGAAGAAGACCAGGAAUGAGAAUUUGGAGUAUCAAUGGGCUAUGGAUGAGUGA